UCCUCCACCUCUUCUUCCUUCUCGGUCGAAGAACGCCAGAAGCUCUUCAAUGGCGGAGCAGGACCACCCUCCGUUCCCCGAAACUUUCCUCUAUGAAACCCUUAGUCCCAUCUCUUUCUCGGCCGCCGCCGACGACGACGACAACAACAACAACGAGUCCUACUCUGUCUUCCGCAAUGAGAUAUCCCUCUCUGAAAUUCCAUCCACCAUUCCAGGUUCCGCUACUAUCGAUUUCUUCUCUCUCGACGUCGCCGAAGAGACCUGCGAUCGGGACUCUCUCCCGCCGCCGAUCGUCGUGGCGGAGGAGCCCAAGACGCCAGCACUCGCACCCGAGCCGAAGCUCGAGAGCAGUUGGUUUCGCGGAAACUGCAAGUUCAGGAGCCCCAUGCUUCAACUGCAUAAAGAGAUAGUUGAUUUUUGUGAGUUUUUGUCUCCAACAUCUGAAGAGAAAGCUGCACGGGACACGGCAAUAGAAUCUGUGUUCGAUGUUAUAAAGCAUAUAUGGCCCCAUUGCCAGGUAGAAGUCUUUGGAUCUUAUAGGACUGGGCUGUAUCUUCCGACUAGUGAUAUUGAUGUUGUGAUUUUGAAGUCAGGCUUGCCAAAUCCACAGCUUGGCUUGAAUGCACUUUCUAGAGCAUUGUCACAAAGGAGCAUGGCUAAAAAGAUACAGGUGAUUGGAAAGGCUCGUGUACCAAUUAUUAAAUUUGUUGAAAAGAAAAGUGGGCUUGCAUUUGAUGUAAGUUUUGACCUUGACAAUGGACCCAAAGCUGCCGAGUAUAUUCAGGAGGCAGUGGCUAGGUGGCCCCCACUUCGGCCAUUAUGUUUGAUCUUGAAAGUGUUUUUGCAACAGAGAGAGCUAAAUGAGGUAUAUUCUGGUGGUAUUGGUUCUUAUGCCCUCCUUGCCAUGCUGAUGGCAAUGCUGCGGAAUCUACGCGAGACUCAAGCUUCUGCCGAGCACAAUUUAGGGGUCCUUUUGGUGCAUUUUUUCGAUUUCUAUGGACGCAAGUUGAACACUACAGAUGUUGGUGUGGCUUGUAAUGGGGCAGGAAUCUUUUUUUCGAAGAGUAGUAAGGGGUUCUUAAACAAAGGACGGCCGUUUCUUAUUGGCAUUGAGGAUCCACAGGCACCGGAGAACGACAUUGGAAAGAACUCCUUCAAUUAUUUCCAGAUUAGAUCCGCAUUUUCAAUGGCUUACACAACUUUGACAAACACCAAGACCAUCAUGAACCUGGGGCCCAGCAGGAGCAUUCUUGGUACUAUAAUUAGACCGGACUCCGUGUUGCUGGAGCGCAAAGGAGGGUUUAAUGGGGAUGUGACUUUCGAUAGCUUGCUUCCUGGUGCCGGUGAGCCUUUGGAGGAACAAUAUGGAGAGCAAGAUAUGUUAUACAAUUGGCAGUUCGAUUAUGAAGAAGAACCGCUGCCACGGGGCAAUGAUGAUGGUGCAGAGCCUAGCACCCGCUCUUCAACAAGGAAGAGGAAAUCGUCAUCUAAGGAGAAAUCAAGUAAGAAGGUCAAGGAAAACGGAGAGUAUAAAAAGGUCAGGAAUGAGGAGAGUGGCUCGAGGAAAGAGAAUGGUGAUCUAAAGAAGCAUAGGAGAAAACAAUGGUGACAAUCAUUACUUAGGCAAGAGGCAAGUUGGGGUAGGUUUCUUGAAGUGUGAAAAAUCACUAGAAGAUGUCCAAAGGUGUUCCAUUAUAAUUGCUGUGGAGGGUUAUCUUCACUGUAUCGUGAUCACUUAUUUUAUAUAUAAAUCGAUGUUAAGAGUUGUCUUAUUCCCCAAUUUUGUUAGAGCAGAAACGCGAGAAUAGAAGAGAAGUAGAGAACAUGUUUAAUUGUCAAAAUAGGAAUGCAAUGAUUUAGCUGAUAUUGAUAGUGUUGCCUUGCUUGUC